AUGGAAGGACCAAUUGCAAUCUUGGGGGCAACGGGGUUCCUCGGAAGUAAUGUCGCUCAGCUGAUCCAAAAAAAUGACCGAAACGUUGAAGUGAGAGAAUGGGUCCCUUUCGUGUCUCCGGAUUCUUCGUGCUCACAUAAGCUUGAGUUAUUCGUCGGCGAGAAGCAAAUUGAAGAUUGUCUCAAUGGCGUUAAGCUGAUAAUCAACUGUCAUGAAGCCCGAGACUUAUCGCUGAAUCCAAAACUUGAAGUCCUGGCUGAGCACAAUGAAAACUUUGUGGCUCUGGUGCGGAAGCUGAACCCGUGUCCAUUUGUACACGUUUCAACAGUGCUGGUUCAGUGCUCCAAUUUUUGGCCAAACGUUUUUGAGCCUGAAAGAGAUGGAGCAAAAUACUCGUCUCGGUGGCCUUGUAAGGCUUAUUGCAAAUCGAAACUUUUGGCUGAACAGGCAUCAUUUUCUGCUAAUGACGAUGUUAUAGUUUUAAGGAUUCCAUUUCUUUACGGCGAAGGUGACACCGGUUCUAUUGUGACUGACGCAAUUCUAUUCGCCGACUACUUCGGUUCGCAAAUUCCAAACAUUGGGGAUCGAGGCGGAGCUUUUCAGAUGGCCUACGUCAGGAAUAUUGCACAAGGGAUCGAAGACGUUGCCACAAAGUUGCUCGCUGGGGAAUUUAACAAACGCGAAAUCAUGAUAAUGGCGGAUGACACACGGAUUGGCGAUCCAUAUUCAACAAUUCUCGAACCAUAUGCGAAGAACCCAAAGCGUCCACUAUCCCCAGUGACGCUGCCAUUUCUGCCGCUCUACUACGUGUAUCUACUCAUCACAUGGUUGCUUCUACUCGUAAAUCGUCUGGUCAAUAUUGGUGAAUUUCUCGCGAAGUUGCCUGAUCCAUCUUUGCUGUAUUUGGUCUUCCAUCAUUGGACGUUUUUCAACACCAACAAGGCAUCGUUCCUCCUUCCCAAGCAUCUCAACAUCGACCGAGAAUUUGUCGACAAAAUUUCGCGAACACACUAUAAUUGCUUAAUUCCAAGUGAGCUGAAGGCGAGUUGGACUCUCAAAAUCGACAAUGAA